AAAGUCUGGCAAGCAGUGUUGCUAGAAAGAAUUGAUGGUGGCUGGUGGCUGUAGCAGGGAAGGUUGUAAAACCCCCACCUUAACAUGUUACUGGCAUCAUCUGCAUUUUUGAAAAGUCAUCCAGUAUCCAUCUUUAUACAAAUGAGAGAUAAUAUAUGACUAAGGUGAUCCUGCUCAAGGUUGAAGUGGUGAAAUAUACAAAUGUGAUACUGGUUUCGUAUUGCAAAGCCACUAUAACUCAGUGGGAGAAAUUAAUACCGGAACCUCAGGAUGGUAAGAGAAUGUAUUUAUUCUCUCCUCUGCCUUUUUUUAUUUUAUGAGUAUUUUCCUACUUGCCGUUGGCAGAAGCCUAGGUUAAAAUGACCAGGGGAAGCAACUUGUUCUGCUUGCAACAAACCAUAUAAUCAUGGUUAUAUAAACCUGUAGCUUAGACUCAAUACAGAUGGAGCCAACAGGAUAUAAAGCAAACUUGCAGAGUCAUCCUGCUAAAUGCAAACGAAGGGGCUCAGGAACACAAAUGUAGAUGGUCAUGCUUAUGUAACUGUCUUCAAAUAUGAAGCUGUGCUCUCUUGAUUCAUACAUAACCUUGGCUAUCAUCUGCUUUCUGGUCUGGGCAGGAGCACUGUACAAAUAGCUGUCCUUGUUUGUCUAGCAUUCUGCUAUGCCCUCCAGGGCAAACGUUUCUCCACUUAAAGCUCUUGGGUUAUGCACAGGCUGCUGAAGCAAAAAAAGUAGAUCGAAAGCUGAAACACCUUGAUAGGCAACUGAUAUAAUCACCUCUGUGUGUAUUGCUAUUGCCAUUUUGGCAUACAAACAGUAUAUACAUAAAAAUAUAUACUGUAUGUUGCAUUGUUGAAGUUAAAACAAAAAGAGCCAUUUCACAAUCUUCAGAACUAUCAAUGAGCUGCUGUAAUAAGGCAUUUUUCUGUUGCUACUCUUCAUCUUCAGGGAUGUGUUUGACAAUGUUUUCCUAAUAUCUGCUCAGUAGGGUAAAACUGGACUGUGGUCCUUCUGAAGAUGGCUCCAAAAAUCUAUUGUUUCAAUCUGAAUUCUGGUAACCCCUCUAAGUAACUUUUUUUUUUUGCUACCAGUGUAGGAACUAGUCUUUCAGACUAGCUGCAGCAAGCUUAGCCGAGCAGAAGUUAACCAGCCUCCUGAAAUCCUCUUUCAGUAUUUCUAGGUAGAGAAACGGUAGAUAGGUCAGCCAGCAGAAUGAAUCGCAGUUGCUCACCGCCACCGGAUUGUGGCGGCACAUCAGUUAGUGUCAAAGUUUUCAGGCUCGAGAUAAGUGAAGGGUCUCCUCCAAAAAUCUCUCCAGAGCCGACAGCUACCCCCGAGGCAGAACCACCUACCCCCGAGGCAGAACCACCUACCCCAGAGCCAGAAAAAGAAGCUCCGCCUCCUCCUCCACCACCACCACCACCUCCGAAACGCAUGGCGGAAUUUCAUGUUGGGAUCAAUGGAUUCGGGCGUAUCGGGCGCUUGGUCCUCCGAGCCUGUGUGGAGAAGGGGGUCAAAGUUGUGGCUAUCAAUGAUCCUUUCAUUGACGUCAAAUACAUGGUCUACAUGUUCAAGUAUGAUUCUACACAUGGGCGCUUCAAGGGAGAAGUGAAGGAUGAGGACGGCAAGCUAGUAGUGAAUGGCUCAAAAAUCUCUGUAUUCCAGAGCAUGAAACCAACUGAAAUCCCAUGGGGCGAGGCAGGAGCUUUGUAUGUCGUAGAAUCCACUGGAGUCUUCCUCUCUGUCGAGAAAGCUUCGGCUCAUCUCACUGGCGGAGCCAAGCGAGUAGUGGUGAGUGCGCCGUCUCCUGAUGCGCCAAUGUUUGUUAUGGGAGUCAACCAUGAGAAGUACGAUCCCUCCAGCAUGAAGAUUGUGAGCAAUGCUUCCUGCACCACCAACUGCCUGGCACCUUUGGCCAAGGUCAUUCACGACAACUUUGGCAUUACAGAGGCCCUUAUGACCACAGUUCAUGCUUAUACUGCCACUCAGAAGACUGUGGAUGGUCCCUCAGCCAAGGCUUGGCGUGAUGGCAGGGGUGCCCACCAAAAUAUCAUUCCAGCUUCUACUGGUGCUGCAAAAGCUGUGGGCAAGGUCAUUCCAGAGCUUAAUGGGAAGCUCACUGGCAUGGCGUUCCGUGUGCCAGUAUGUGAUGUCUCAGUUGUUGACCUGACCUGCCGCCUUUCCAAGCCAGCCUCCUAUGCUCAGAUCAAAGAAGCUGUCAAGAAGGCAGCUAAAGGGCCAAUGGCAGGAAUCCUGGGAUAUACAGAAGAUGAGGUUGUUUCUACUGAUUUCAUUGGUGAUAAUCGUUCCUCUAUCUUUGAUGCUGGAGCAGGGAUCUCCCUCAAUGAUCACUUUGUGAAGCUCAUCUCCUGGUAUGAUAACGAAUAUGGCUACAGCUGCCGUGUAGUAGAUCUCCUGAAGCACAUGUACAGCAAGGAGGAAAAAUGAGCACUGCCCACACUCUUCAUUCCAGGCUAUCCGACAGAGUGGCCUCUCACCCCUUUAGUCAAUAGGUUUGAUCUCCUGGCCAGUUCUUCGCUUCGACCACAGAACCCUGAACACUGCACCUUUUUGUCACUGUGUAAAGCUUUGUGUGUAUGUGUGUACAUGUGAGUGUGAAUCCUGUUUUCCACAGCAGCUUGUAUGAGCUUUAAAAACGUAGUGAAGACAAAU